AUGCCGCUAUUUUGCUACAUCCUUCGGGUCAUUGGAACUGAGUCUGUGGCCCCAGUGGAACGUGCUCUCAUCGAGGCCAUGCAUGCUCGUUUCCCUGUUGACCACCCUGCCGAGGAUUAUGAUCGGAUCAAUCACGCAUACGACCAAGCUAUGGCCAACGUGUAUGCCCAGUUUCCGGGUGAUCUAGACGUGGUCGUUCUCUAUGUUGAUGCCAAAAUGCAUAUUUCUCAACGCAAGAUGUUCCAUGCCCUGACAUGGUUUCCUAUCGAGACGUCACCCGUUUUCGAUAUCCAGCGCCUCUUCGCCAAGGGCCUUCAACAUCCCUACGUAGAGAAACAUCCUGGUCUGUUGCAUUUCUGCGUUCACGUCUGGGAAAUGUCUGCUACGCCGGUAGUGGCAUUACCUUCCGCAGAUUACCUCGGCGGUCUCGUUCCAGACGCAGGUCACUUGCACCACAUGCCUAGCCAUAUCGAUGUUCUGGUAGGCGACUACCGUCGAUCUGUGGCCUCUAUUACUGCCGCUGUUCAGGCAGACGAAAGGUAUCUUGCCCGUAACGGCGCAAAGAACAUGCAUAGCUUCUACCGGAUGCACAAUUAUCAUUCCCUCAUCUACGCAGCUAUGCUUGCUGGACAGUCCAACGUCGCCCUCGAGAAUCUUGACUCCAUGGAAUCUUCCUUGACUGAGGAUGUACUCCGUAUUGAAUCCCCUCCCCUAGCCGAUUGUCUCGAAUUUUUCGAAUCGGUCCGAGUCCAUAUUUAUAUCCAAUUUGGCCAAUGGAAGGAAACUCAAAGCACUCCAGAUUCCACACGACAAGGAUCUGUACUGUGUCACCACCGCAAUGACCUAUUACGGCAAGAAUAUUGCCCACGCAGCAACAGGCAAUGUCACUGA